CAAGAACCAUCAUCCCCUUCUUGAUAACGGCGACACAGUGCAGCAGAACUUGGAAGAACUACAACACACGAACGCACCAGACCAGACAUGAGCUCCUCAACGCUUGGAAUGGGUCGGCCAUCGCACGGGCUAGGCUCCUCUAGUCAACCUCGACAAUCCUCAGCGGCGGUCUACAACAUGUUCGACCCAAAACAAGUCCAAACUUUCAAGGAAGCCUUUUCAAUGAUUGAUCAAGACAGUGAUGGCUGGAUUACUGAGGCCGAUUUGAAGACUAUGCUUACUAGCUUAGGACAAGCGCCGACACCGAAGCUAUUAAAUUCCCUACUAUCCUCGAGACCGUCGACCUUCCCGCCUGCGAAGCCGGACUCGACAGACUACAACCAAGGCUUAAACUUCACGACCUUCCUGACGAUGAUGUCGGAGAAGCUGUUGAAGCUGGACCCCGAGGCCGAGUUGAUGGAAGCCUUCGAGUGUUUCGACGAACACGAUAAAGGGACCAUUGACGGUAAAGAGCUUAGGGAGUGGCUCGGUACCGCCGGCGAUAAGAUGUCGAAAGAGGAAAUCGAUAAACUCCUCAGUCCACCCUUUGCUGACCGACAUGGCACAUUCAACUAUCGGGAUUUUGUCUCGGCUCUACGCGUCAGUGAAGCAGAAGGUGUCACGAUGAAGGAGUAGGUAGCUGUAUCUGCGUUGGGCUUUGAUUGUUGUAUUUUUCUAUCCUUCCUUCCCUCGUAUCGUAUGCCUCUGUUUUUUUUUUUUUUUUCUAAUUCCACAUGGACGUUGAUCAGAUUUGUGUCAGAAUAAUGUAAUCAUACUCUCCAUGGUGUAUUGGUUGAAGAACUUUCUUUAGAAAAAACAGCUUCUAUGAAUCUUGAAUAAUCCGGACAAUCGAUUCACCCUCCCGUCGGGGAGACAACCCAGAACUCACAGAGCGAGCAUGCGUUGACUGGGUUCCUUCAUUCCAACCUAAAGCGCAUCUGAUCCAUCAUCGAGAGGGACCAAGAAUUGUACAUGCAGAGUGUAGAGAAUCAGGCACACAGAAUCGAUCAGAACAUAUCAAACCGUUACCCCCAUUUUUGAUGAAGCUGUUUGGAAAUGGAUGGACUGUCUCAAUCAAAGCACGUAAUUGUAGUUCGACUGGCCGGCUGGUACCAUCAGUGUGUCCGUACCAUUCGAAGCAAGUAGGUC